AUGGACCAAAUCAACUACACCAGUGUGAAGGAGUUUGUCUUCCUGCAACUCACUCCCUUCCAGGAACUGGAAUUCUUCUUGUUUGUGAUCUUUCUUCUUGUUUACAUAACAACCAUUUUGGGGAAUGCCCUCAUUGUCAUCACGAUCACCUUUGAGUCCCGCCUCCACACACCCAUGUACUUUCUUCUACGGAACAAAUCAGUCCUGGAUAUCGUUUUUUCUUCCAUCACUGUCCCCAAGUUCCUGGUGGAUCUUUUAUCAGAGAGGAAAACCAUCUCCUACAAUGGUUGCUUGGCACAGAUCUUUUUUUUCCACUUUGCUGGAGGAGCAGAUAUUUUCUUCCUCUCUGUGAUGGCCUAUGACAGGUAUCUUGCAAUUGCCAAACCCCUGCACUAUGUGACCAUUAUGAGGAGAGAGGUAUGGGUAACCUUAGUGGUGGCUUCCUGGGUGGGCGGUGGUUUGCAUUCAAUUGUCCAGGUAAUUCUAAUACUUCCACUCCCCUUCUGUGGCCCAAACAUCCUGGAUGCCUUCUACUGUGAUGUACCCCAGGUGGUAAAACUGGCCUGCACUGAUACCUUUGUUUUGGAGGUCCUCAUGAUCUCUAACAAUGGACUGGUGACACUGCUAUGGUUCCUCUUCCUGUUAAGUUCCUACACUGUCAUUCUGGUCAUGUUGAGAUCUCACUCUGGGGACGGAAGGAACAAGGCCCUCUCUACCUGCACAUCCCACAUCCUGGUGGUGACACUGCACUUUUUGCCCUGUGUUUAUAUCUACUGCCGGCCUUUCACUACUCUGCCCAUGGACACAGCCGUGUCCAUCAAUAACACUGUCAUCACCCCAAUGCUGAACCCAAUGAUCUACACCCUAAGGAACCAAGAGAUGAAAUCAGCCAUGAGGAGACUGAAGAGGAGGCUUGGGCCUUCAGAGAGCAGUAACCUGGGGUGA